CCCUCCCACUUAUUUGCAGCUGCAAAAACGUUACAGCCUUCCUGGUUGCACAGCAGUCGUUCUGAUUGAUAUGCAGGUCUGACAGAUAACCUGAGCUUCCAUUUAUGUGUCAGUGUGUGUAUGUUGGAGACAGAUGAGCAUAUUUCAUCAAGAGAACUUGGAUCUACUUAGAGGACUGGGAUAACCUCUAAAAAAGAGGAGGACUUAGAAAACAUUGGCAUUUUGAGGGGGGGGUAAGUAUGUUUUUGCUAAUAUUACAUAAAAGGCCACUACAUGAGUAUUUUUGUAAUUAUUACAACUAUAUCAUUCCCACCUGAAUUCAUGCAUCUUGGUGUACAGUUUAGCUAUCAGAGUAUGUCAAUGAAUUUUGUUGUGGCUUCCUGUAUCUUCAAGCUUCAUGGUGCCAGUAAAAUGCUGGAUACUGUGAGAACUAAUCUGAUGAUGCGUUUGAAAGGAUUUGAAUGCAUUUUUCCCCAAUCUCUUUCUAGCAGUAGCUCCUUCAAACCAGCAGGAAGUUAAAGAACAUGGGGCUCUGCCCCUCCAGGUGCAGAUCCGACCUGACAGUCUUAGAAAAUCCACCAGAACCUCCUUCAUCAGGUAGACUUCUUCCACCAUGUAUCUAUCCAUAUAUACACAUCCACAAGGCUUUCUUCCCCUACAUAUACUCAAAUGACAAAAAUCCAACAAUUUGUGCAGUCUCUGACGAGACCAUGACUGUGUCCCUCUUCGACUUUCUAUCAUUUGGUGGCACUGAGUUGGUCAUGACCAUCGGGGAGAGACUCAGCAUCAUAUCAGAUGAUGGUAAUGUUUUGAUGGUAAGGUCCGCCACCACAAGCAGAGAGAUGUACAUUCCCACCAACUACACUGCCAAAGUGACACAAAGGUGGCUGUUCACAGGUAUCAGCAGGCUCAAAGCAGAGGAGCUCCUCAUGCAACCACAAAACCACAUUGGAGGCUUCUUGAUACGAGACUCAGAAACAAACACAGAUUGCUUUUCUCUGUCUGUCCGUUGGCGAGUCAGUGUUGUGUUCUCAAAUUGUGUCAAACACUACCUCAUCGCUCAACUCCAAAAUGGCCGGGUCUACAUAACUCCAAAACGCUCCUUCUCCUCGCUAAAACACCUGGUGGAACACUAUUCAGAGUCUGCAGACGGACUUUGCUGUCGGCUGAAUGAGCCUUGCUUCAUUCAGGGUUUAGACGUACCCAGAGAGAACAGGCUUGUCGUAUCCACAGCGCACAGGAAGCCCGCUAACAACUGGAAGGACAUCAGCAGAUCCAUGAUUCUCAAGAGGACGAGAACAGGGUCUGACAACUCAAUGGUGAGCGAGGGCCUGAGGGAGGCCAUGAGCUCUUACCUCCAAUUGACAGAAGGCAACAAUCACAGUUGGUACACUUGAGCUAAAAACUUCAAUCUGGCUACAAAGACAGAUUGUCUUCCAAAGACACUGGACAAGACGUGAAGUACGAGAUCUGAGACACUCUAGCGUACCAUAUGCGAAAGCAUUCCACAUUGUUUAGUUCCUUUAGUUUCAUUUUAUUUUUACUAUUGAUGAAAAGUCCUGUUCUUAAUGUAUUAUUGACUGCUCUUUGAAUGCAUUACAUUUAUGUGUGAUUAUUGAAUGUUUGUGAUCUAAUCAACAUUCAAGUCAAUGGAUUCACAGGGGGAAAAAAAGUCCUGGACAAAAUGUCAAAUAAAAACUGUACAACACCA